UGGUCGGGUCCCGUCCAGUUGUGCCAUCCAGCCGACGGAAUCCGAAAGGAGUACCCCAACAACUGCGAUCAGUUCUCUGACGAAUUACAAAGUAAAGAACAAAAAUGGAUUCCGACAAAGAAGUGAAUCUCAGUGGCAAAAAUUUGACUCCGUUCUCUAUCGCCGACAUCCUAAGCGGAAGCAGCAAAGCUUCCGCUGAUCCACCGUCCGUCCCGGCUCCUCCACCAUCGACUCCAUCACCAGCUCAGCCGACGGUCCCGCCGUCUUAUCCGUGGUUUCUGUUUAAUCAUCCGCCGUGUUGGCCACUUUUAAUGCCGGACGCUUCAGCACAAACGGCCGGAACUACAAAGGCCCACAGUCAGGCGGACAUCAGUAACAGCAGCGCUUUAACAACCGUCUCUUCUUCGCCGGAAGAAGACGAUGACCGUCUCUCCGACGAUGACGAACUGUUCGAUCACGACGAUGACGACGACGGAUCCAACAGCAUCAUCGGCAGUUUGGUCUCAUCGACCGAUGAUGGCCAACAGGAAGAUCCGCUGGACAUGAGAGCCAAUAAUCAUCGUCGUCGUAACCGAACCCACCGGAUGUUGAUGGACAGCGAACAGGCAGCCAAUGGGGAGCGCUCGAUGGCCAGUCUGCCGUCACUUCACCAUCACCUCCACCAGCAGCAGAUGCAUCAUCAUCAUCAUCAGAUGAGGAUGGCGGCCGCGGCUGGUGGUCUAGGAAUGGUCGUAUCCGGCGGCAGGAAGAAACGAUCCAGGGCUGCUUUCUCUCACGGUCAGGUCUUUGAGCUGGAACGUCGAUUCGGCCAUCAGAAAUACCUGUCCGGUCCCGAACGUGCUGAUUUGGCGCAAAUGCUCAAACUGACUGAAACUCAAGUGAAAAUCUGGUUCCAGAAUCGUCGAUACAAAACUAAACGACGUCAGUUACAGCAACAGCAACAACAGCACGACGUGGCGGCUGCGACGAUGGCUCUCAACAACAUGGCGGCGGCCAGGAGAGUUGCCAUUCGGGUCCUGUCGGAACGCCAGACUUCCGGAUCAACAUCAUCUUCGGUGCAUCAGCUCCACAAUCAGCAUCCUGGAAUGAUGACUAACAACCAAAGAUCGUCUUCCACCUCCGCGAUGACAGCCGGUCCCCAUCAUCCGACUUUUGCCGGACUGGCUGCUCAUCACCAUCAUCAGCCAGCACAACAUCAUCACAAUCUCCAUCAUCCGUUUUACUAUUGUCCGCCUGCUUACCUCGCCAUGGCUCCUACUACUACGGAUCCGUUCAUAAGUAACACAACGACCCCGUAGAUAUACAAGUUGAUGACUCUUUUGUGUGUGUAAAUAUUAAGCAUGAAAUCCCAAAGAAACUCAAACGAUGUAACGAUAUUGUUUAGUAUGUGUUUUUGUGUUUUAUUUUGGAAAUUAUCAAAUCUCAUUUUUUUUUUUCAGUUACUGUGUUUGAUGUAAACUCAGUUAAUAAAAAAAAAAAGAUCUGUAU